AUGCUUCAGUUGGAACCAGUCAUGGAUAGCAAGGCGGCUGGUGCCACACAGGAAGAGCCCUUCGCGGAGAAGAAAACAGAAAAAAAUAAUUCUUCAGACGAGGGGCAGAGGGGUGUGACGACAGUGUCGCACACAGGAUUCCUCGAAUCGCGACAGAAAGCUCUGUCUUCAUCGGAUCCCACUUCAAUAUCACCGUCACCAGCAAGAAAUCUUCAAACAAAUGGACAGGAGAUCGACCAGCCUAUAAACAGCAAUGCCGGUAAAGAACUUCCAGGGCUGCGACGAGGACAAUUGAAAGGGCGAACGAUGUCGGGUGACAACAAUUUGGAGAACGGGUCUUUUAAUCGGCGUUUGUCUCCAGGAGAAUUUGAUUCCGCAAAGCGAUUCCAAGGGUCUGUUCCCACUCAAAUCACGACAUCCAGAACUUUUGUUUCCCCAACGGAUGCCUCGAAUACCCAGAGGCCAUCCCGAGUGAACAUCACGCGAAAUGGCGUGGCACGAGGACUCGAAGAGACCUCUGUGAACCCGCAACGACAGGACAGCGUUGCCACGCAAUCAGCCUCACGUGAAUCCCCCGAAACGACAGAUGGUUCAGGGACUCCGCAUCGGCACCGUGUGUUCGUUGACCAAGCCUCUGCUAGAAACACCGAAAAUCGGCCAGGAUGGCGGUCCUUCUGUUCAACGGUGUCUACGCCCCGUUCCUCUCUUGGGGCGGCCCACCCUGGGACACCACGAACCCCCUAUACAAGGUCUCCUAUACGGCCAAGAGAUUCUGACGCCAGGCCAAGACAACCUGAAGCUGUCGUAACACCAAAUAAAGUCAUUUUCAGACUGCAUGACUCCAAGGACGACCUCACAGGCCCCACAUCAGUUGUUACAACAAAAAGUGAAGUGAUACCGUCAGGUGUUUCCUGGCCCAGUGAGGGAAUAUCUCAGCGGGGCUCGGAACACCCUCAGCGAAACGAGUUACAGCCUGCUGAAACAGAGUUGAAGGUCCGCAUGCUGUUCUCUAUUGCCCCUGACGAAAACAAUGCUGUAAUGGAGGGGGGAAAAACCGUUGAAGCGCCACUUGCUUUGGAGCAGGUGCCGACCAACGUUGUCGAAAGCGAUCGACAACAGGCGGAAAAUGGUGCCAUCGGAUUUGAUACCUCUGCAUUAUUCCCUCGUCAUCAGGUGGGGUCUACUGAUACGGAGCCAAAUAUCCAGAACGACCCAACACAAGGUAAAACUUCACUGUCCAAUGAGAAUGGGAAACAUAAUUCUCUAAACUAUUCACGACAUGAACCUGGGCAGCAAGGGCCAGGGAUUGGUGCUCCGGUGGCCGUCACCGUAAACGAGUCAAACACCGGCAUCAAUUCUCGAACUUCUUUUGAGAGGGCGCAAGCACCGCAUCUUGUAUCAACCCCACGGAACUCUAUUGAUAUGAGUCGCCAGGUGGCAGCAGGGUCUCAAACACCGCGCACCCCCGGCGGGAGCUUACGCCUUCGUGUGCUCACUGUGGAAAUGGAGCACACGCCGAGGGGUGAAGCGGCACCAUCGUACCUUCCGCUGACGAGUGAAGAGGAUGCAAAGAGGACACCACGUCAGUCGCGCCGUGAAACACCUACACCGACGCAAGCGUCUUCAGAACUAACACUCCAUCUGCAAUUCUCUCUUGACAACGGGCUGAAUACGUUGGCGGCUGAUGAGAACUUGGCAGGAAAUCGGUAUGGAGUGGAUCGUAACUCGACUUCGAGGUCCUCUCUUGACGUAAGCCGCCGUCUGGCGAGUGGAUCCCGAAUUUCUGCCAGUCGACGGCCUAAACCGAAUGAAAUGAGUGCAACGCCUAAGGCUGAAGAAGCACCUUCUCGUAGCUGGCGCGCCACGGAUGGAACACCCAAAUCAACACCGCGUCAGUCUCUACAUGAUGCACCUGACACAAUGCGACGUCGAAGUGGGGCUAAGGUUGAGCCCAAGGUGCCUGAUCUUCACUUGUCUCAACUGAAGGAUGCAAAGAAAUCACUGGGCGCUACGGAGGAUGUGACAAAGAUGCCAUUAAAUUUAUUGGACCAAAGAAUGUCUGGAAAGCCACGUGUGGAUGCAGAUUCUCACGAGUCGUCCGAUCUCCAAAGCUCAGCCAGCCGAUUCAGUAAGCCAGCCGUGGUUGGUGGAACACCAAGGAGUGAAGAAGCACCUUCUCGCCGCUUACGUGCAAGCGAAGGAGCAUUGAAGUCAACACCGCGCCAGUCAGUACAGGAUACACUUGACGCAAUACGGCGCCGCAGUGGGGCUAAGGUUGAGCCCAAGGUGCCUGAUCUUCACUUGUCUCAACUGAAGGAUGCAAGAAAAUCAGUGGGCGCUACGGAAGAAAAGGCAAGGACCCCACCACAUCCAGUGGACCAAACACUUUCUUGGAAACCACGUGUGAAUGCAGAUUCUCAUGAACCUUCAGAUCACCAAAGCUCAGCCAGCCGAUUGAGUAAGCCAGCCGCGGUUGGUGCAACACCAAAGCGUGAAGAAGCACCUCCUCACAGCUUACACGCACCCGAAGGAGCAUCGAAGUCGACGCCGAAAGUGCCAGACCAUAGCUCCUCCAGCGUUGGACCCAGCCACAGUACAAAUAACGCAGCUUCUUUGUCUUUGGCCCCAAGUAAAAUAAAGGAGACAACUGAAUCUCCUGGGAAGGAUGCCAAUCUGGAGAAAAAGGGUGUCACAAAUUUGUCGUGGUGGCCCUUGCGAUGUGUAUUUGACGGAGUGGAGAGAAAAUACCCUCCGUUACCUUCUCCAGAAACCAUGGUACAUUGUCUUUUGGGUUGCUGA